UGUAGCGCUGAGGCAACAUGGCUAUGAAUGGAGAUGACGAGGACUUUGAGUGGGAGCCCCCAACAGAUGCAGAGAUGAAGGUGAUCCAGGCUCGCAGGGAGCGACAAGACAAAAUCAGUAAAUUGAUGGGGGGCUAUCUGCUCAAAGGAUACAAGAUGCUAGGAGACUGCUGUGAUGCGUGUGGGACAAUCCUCCUCCAAGACAGACAGCAGAAAAACUACUGUGUCUCAUGUCAGGAGCUGGACUCUGAUGUUGACAAGGACAACCCUGCUCUAAAUGCACAGGCUGCGUUGUCCCAGGUGAGAGAAAGGCAGCUUGCAGCUCAGACCCCUGCAACAUCCCAGGACCCUGAACUCAACGAAGGCCCCAGCAACACUGUGCAGGCAAGUGGGUCAGUUCCUCAGCCCAGACCAGAGCACUGUGAGGGGGCGGCUGCAGGUGGAAGAGCCCUCCUGCCUCCACCUGCUGUCCCCCCUCCUUCAACUCCUGUCCCCACCAUACCUCUGGCACCCGCUCGCCCCCCAGCUUGUCCACAGAGGACUGCACUCCAACCUGCGUUGCAAGAAGCUGAGGAAGCUGUUUUAACCAAACUUCGCUGGGCCACCAACCAGCUACAGAGUGCAUCCUCCCUGGAGGCAAGCAUGCAGCUCUGCAGCCUAAUCACCAGCUGUGCCAACUCACUGCGCAGCCUCAAGGAGCUCAGCCAGUAAACAUCAUGGACUGGCUGAAACAUUUAUACUGGGAGCGCUGUUUCUUCUUGCUUCUGUCUUGGAAUACUGACUCUGGUUUGCUGCUUUGCAGCAUCUCUCUUUGACUGAAUCCUUGCAUAGAGCUGAAUUCAAAACUGGUCAGAAAAUGCACUUGAAAUAGGAUAAAAUAUCAAAGUGCACAGGUUACUUUUGAGUUAACAAAUCUAUAUGGGCUGUCAGAAAUAUCAUGUUACAUGAUUUCAUAACAUCUUGAAGUAUAAAUGUUUGAACAUCUGUUUUUGUUGAUUUGUAGGUUAUGUUGUUAUAUAAUAACUGAAAACUGGUCAGUGCACAUUCAUUGUUGGUAUUAAUUUUAAAUCAUCUGGCCAUUAAAUUCUUUUUGAAUUAGGCUGACAUAUUUCCAUAAAACCAAAAAUGGCCCCCAUAAAAACAACUGGAAAAACAUGUUUUGUCAAUCACUAAUUUUGAUUAUAAGUUGAAAUAUGGACACGAUAAACCCCAGUGCACACAUGCCUGUAUAUUUGUGUGUCUCUACAUGCAAGAGUGUCUGUGCUGAUGUACAACAUACUAACAGACUGUAAGUCACCAGUUUAAAUGUAUAGACCUUUGCAAUGUUGUUUUAACACACUGGGCCUCUGAUCUCACCCUGCUUUUCCAAACGCACACAGACACACACACACGUACAUUUUACUUUUCAGUUUGACACUCAAAUGGAUUCCUGUUGUCUCUGACUCUCGUGAUGCAAAGAUUGUCCUUGUUUGCUGGCAGUUUGAGGUUUUUAUUGUAAAUAUUUUUGAUUCAUGAUGGGCAUGUGAUUCAGCGAUGCUCAGAUGAGACAGAGCAACAUUCAAAAGUCAGGCUCAUCAUUCGGUAUUCAUUAAAAACAUCUAGAGCAAAUAAACUGUGCACUUCUGAACGGCGCACUUCAUAUUAGAAAAAGCCAACUUCAGUGUUGUUCAAGGAAGUCUGAGUUUUCUAAUUAAGUACCUUAAUAAAGCUUUGCCUGUUUAGGAGUUCUGCAGUGUGUUUCUUUCCACAAGAGGGCGCAAAAUGCAAAGAGCAAUGCCACAAAGUUUAACUGUAAAAUGCUGAAUUUAAGUACA